AUGACGUCCUGUGCUUGCUAUGCCGUCUAUUUCCUGAAUCUCAGGGGAGACGUCCUCAUCUCGCGCAUCUACCGCGAUGAACUCCCGCCAGAUGCCGUCAACAUCUUCCGGACGUCGGUCCUGAAUUCACGGCGCCAGGUGUCUACUGCUCCCCCCGUCUCGAUCGUGCGUGACACCACCUUCAUGCACACGCGGAUCAACGACGUCUACAUCAUGUGCGCGACGAAGACGAACUCGAAUGCCAUGUUGUCCUUCCGUUUCAUGCGCGGCUUGUGCGACGUACUCAGGUCGUACUUCGGUGACAGCUUCUGCCAACGCCACGUUGAAGCGGGCUUUCUCUUGAUCUACGAGCUGAUGGAUGAGAUGAGCGACUUCGGAUACCCCCAGGUCGUGGAUCCGUCGGUUUUGAAAGGUUACAUCUUGCAGAAAAACGUGCUCGCCGACCUCCUAUCGUCCAAGCGCAAAGAGGCCGAACAACAGGACAAGGCAAAUCACGCAAGGAUGCAGGUCACGGGUGCGGUUGGGUGGCGUCGGGAUGGCAUCAAGUACAAAAACAACGAGAUUUAUCUCGACAUCAUCGAAAGCGUCAAUCUCGUGACGAGCAGCAAAGGCCAGGUCCUUCGAGCCGACGUGAAUGGCAGGAUUGUUGUCAAGUGUUUCAUGUCAGGCAUGCCGGAGGUGAAGAUCGGCCUCAACGACAAGGCGUCUGACGUGACGUUUCACCCGUGUGUCAAUCUUAGCAAGUUCAACGUUGAUCGGGUGGUUUCAUGCGUCCCGCCGGACGGCGAGUUUGAACUCAUGCGGUACAGGGCGACGGAGGGCAUCUCCUUGCCGUUCAAGGUCAUCCCGGUCAUCACCGAACGCGGGCGGAACAGACUCGAGGUGAUGAUCAAGGUGAAGAGCGUGUUCAACCCGAAGCUCUGGGCAAUCAACGUGGCCAUUCACAUUCCAGUGCCGAAAGACACUGCAAGGACCACGAUGGAGGCAUCGAUCGGCAAGGUGAAGUACGAUCUGUCUAAGCAGUGUCUCGUGUGGAAAAUCAAACGGUUCGUGGGCGAGCAAGAGCACAAUUUGUCAGCAGACGUGGAGCUGAUGGGCGUGCUCGGCGAGAGAGAGAGGUGGAAGCGACCUCCAGUGCAGAUGCGUUUCGAUGUGCCGAUGUUCGCUGCAUCGGGUCUGCUGGUACAAUAUCUGCGCGCAUGGGAGAAGACUGGGUACGAAGUCCAGCAGUGGGUGCGCAAAGUGACGUCAUCUGGCGAGUACACUAUUCGGACUUGA